UUGUGAUAGUAAAUUUUAUGUUUUGUUUUAUAAUAAAAACCAUUCAAAAAACGUGCGCUGUUAGUGUGUUAUUUUAAAGUGUUUGAAAUGGAUCUUUACAACGUUAUAAGUUUAUUAGGAAAAGGCACUUUUGGGUUCGAAAUUUGUGAACAUUUUUUAACCGUUUUAAAAAAAUAUUUUAGGACCGUCCAUCUGUGCGAACGGAAACACAACAGCCAGAAAAUCGUGAUAAAGCGCAUUUCUAUCAAUCUGGAAAACGGGGACGAGAUAAACGUGGCGAAAAACGAAGUCGCUGUGUUGAAGUCUUUGAACCACCCCAACAUAAUCGAGUAUUUUGAUAGUUUCAUGAAAAAUGGAACUUUGUACAUCGUUAUGGAAUACGCAAGCAAGGGGACUUUGUUCGACUUUAUUGCUAGGUCAAGACCGAACCGAUUUCAACCCCAGAUCGUGAUGAAUCUAUUUUGCCAAAUUGUGUUGGGGCUCAACCACAUUCACUCCAGAAACGUGAUCCACAGGGACCUAAAGUGCGAAAACAUUUUUCUUACUGGGUUACAAGGCGACGUGAUCAAAAUUGGCGAUUUUGGAAUAUCGAAAAUACUGCUAAACAACAAAAACGCCCACACUCUCAUCGGUACUUGUAACUACGUUGCGCCAGAAAUCUGCGACGGGAAACCGUACGACAGCAAAUCCGACAUUUGGUCGCUUGGUUGUAUUCUCUACGAAAUGUGUGCCAUGGAAAAAAUGUUCGACGGAACGCUUUCCAAUGUAGUUUUAUCGAUAGCCGCUGGUCGCAGGAAAGUGAUUGAUGUUCAUUUCUACGGCGUUCAGAUGCAACAAAUGAUUGAAAUUAUGCUGCAAAUUGACCCCAACGACCGCCCUGAUACAAUGAAACUGAUGACUCUGUCAGACGUUUUCCCCAGCUUGCACGUGCUAGGAACCAACUUGGGUUGUAUCCCACACACAUACAAAUUUAAUUUCUCGCAACACUAAAUCAAUUAAGGAUGUACUCUUGGAUUUUAAAUAAAACUUAC